AUGCGGUCGUGCCUGCUCGCUGUCCUCGUGCUCGCCGGCGCCCUGCUCUCGACGGUUCUCGCCGCGCCCGCACAGGCGCGUUUCGCGUCUCCGGCCUCCUUCUUUUUCUCCCGGCCGGGCCCGCCGCGUCUCGCACCGCCCCCGAACGACGACGAGCUUCUGUCGGCCUCGUGGACCCCGAAUACGCCCUUCCGCGCACACAGCGUCGUGUGGCACGGCGCGCGUCAGUACGUCGCCAAGAGGGGGCACAUCAGUGAUCCGCAGUUCGACCUCCGCCUGUGGACUCCCAAGCCGGACGACGACGCAGAGGACAGCUACGCCUACGUCGGCCCAAUGCUGCAUGCGGCGCCGCCGGGUGCCGCCAACGCCACGACGUCGGCUGGGCCCACGCCGCUCACAGACUCGAGUAUCGACACGUACACCAUCAUCGCGUGCAGUGUCGCCGGUGGCCUCCUCCUCGUCCUUGCUGUGGCGCUGGCGUUCGUGUACCGCUACUACCACCCGCAGCACCUGCGCGAGCGCGCGCCGUACCCGCGCACGCACAUCGCCCAGUCCCACAGUAUCGACUCGACGCACAAGGGCAGCGUGAGAAGCUUCCUCACCGAGCCGAUGGAGGCGAUUGUCGAUCACCACGACAUCGACCCAGGCCUCGCGAGUAUCGACGAGACGGCCGCCCCGCCGCCCAAGGUCCGCAGAGUGCUCGGCAUCGACGGGUGGAAGCCGUAG